AUGCGCAGCAGCUGGUGCCUCUCCCGCUGCGCCUAUUGGCCGCCACGCUGGCGGACGGGAGACGCCCGAGCUAGGCGCUGGCAGACGGGAGACGCCCGAGCUAGGCGCUGGCAGACGGGAGACGCCCGAACUAGGCGCUGGCCGCCGGGAGACGCCCGAGCUAGGCGCUGGCAGACGGGAGACGCCCGAACUAGGCGCUGGCCGCCGGGAGACGCCCGAGCUAGGCGCUGGCAGACGAGAGACGCCCGAGCUAGGCGCUGGCAGACGGGAGACGCCCGAGCUAGGCGCUGGCAGACGGGAGACGCCCGAGCUAGGCGCUGGCAGACGGGAGACGCCCGAGCUAGGCGCUGGCAGACGGGAGACGCCCGAGCUAGGCGCUGGCAGACGGGAGACGCCCGAACUAGGCGCUGGCCGCCGGGAGACGCCCGAGCUAGGCGCUGGCAGACGGGAGACGCCCGAACUAGGCGCUGGCCGCCGGGAGACGCCCGAGUUAGGCGCUGGCAGACGGGAGACGUCCGAGCUAGGCGCUGGCAGACGGGAGACGCCCGAGCUAAGCGCUGGUGGCAAGAUUAA